AUGUCCCUCUCUGACUACAUACCCUCAAAAUGUUCUAAAACUAUGUCAUGUUCAGAAGACUGGAUUGGAGUAGGAAAGAAGUGUUUCUAUUUUUCUGAUACCAGAAAUUGGACAGCCAGUAAAAGAUUUUGCAGUUCACAGGGGUCAGAACUUGCUCAGAUCGAUACACAAAGAAUAUGGUAA